UUAAGUUGGUAUUAUCAGUGGGUUGGCAUUAACUGUGAUUUGCGUAUAGUUGCAAGUUAUAUUUCUGGACGUUUCUAGUGGAAAUUCUGGCGUAAGAGGUAGAAUAUUAGUGAUUAUUAUUUGUCAGACGAUUAGAAGACAGAACGUUGUUGCAGUAGCAUCGUUUUACAACUGUUAAAUCAUUUUACAGUACAGUCUUACAACCAGAUGACUACGUGGGAGAAAAAUCCACCAGCAACAGGCUUCUACCCUGGACAACAAGAUCAGCAGGGUUACUACGGAGCCCAGUCAGGAUAUCCCGUUCAGCCUGGUUACCCAGCAAACACAAAUCAGAGUUACCCACCUCCAUAUACAACCACUCCAGGCUUUGUAGUGCCACCGCCAAGUGCUCCUCCGUACGGACAGGUUCCAGUAGGCUCCGGACAACCAUACGGCACCACACCAAACCAACAAGCCAUGUAUGGAGCAUCAUAUGGUGGGGAUGAGCCCCUUACAGAAUCGGUUGAGAACUUUGAAUUCUCUGACAAGACCAUUCGCCGUGGGUUUAUAAGGAAAGUGUAUGGGAUUCUAAUGGUGCAGCUAUUGAUUACAGUUGCGUUCAUUUCAUGGUUUACAUACCAUGAUGCCACAAAACAGUAUGUUAGAACUCAUCUAGGGAUCUGGUGGGGAGCUUUCGCUGUAAUGAUCAUAUGUAUGAUCACGAUGGCCUGCUGUGGCGAUGUACGACGCAAGUCACCUAUUAACUUCAUCUUCUUGUUUUUGUUUACAUUAGCAGAAGCAUUCAUGUUGGGUGUUGCAUCAUCUACUUAUGACACAGAUGCGGUAUGUUACUACCAUUGAUGCUUGUUAUAUUUGCCUGCAUUCAGUUAGAAAUUAAAUUAAUUGAUAUUGGUGAAAAUUAUUAUAUAAUUGGUACACCGCUCCCCGGUUAUACUGCGGGGUUUCAGGGGGCAGGUUUUGACCUGCAUUAUAAGACAACCGUGCUAUAACCGAUGCCUACAAAUUUAAUAUUUUUCUCAGAAUUUUUUCCAACAGCAGUGUCAGGCAGUAAGACACGCGGUAUAUUCGAAUCUGCUGUAUAAACGACGGCGUUAUAUCUGGGGAGUGGUGUACUAAUAAUCUGAUAUUUUUGGGUGACUAAAUUAGAAAGGAUAACAUGAGCUGAACAUGUAGCAUGCAUGGAGGAACUGAGAUUUGGAAUAAUUUUAGUUAAGGAAAUCUCAUUUGAGGUGAGGAAAUUAGAGAGAUUUAGGGACAUGUAGAAGGAUAGUAUUAAAAUGAAUUGUAGAUAAUUACGUUGCAAAGGUGAAAAAUGUCCCAGAACUGGUUUCAUUGAUCAGAUUAUUUUACGAUAAUUGUUUUGAACCUUAACAGGAAAUACAUUUGAACCAUGUGAAUAACUAUCACUUGCUUAAGGAAGAUCCCUUAUCUAGGAUUUAUAGGCCAUGUAAUGAAGGUGAAUUAAUAUUAGGUAUUAUGUACAGUUUGUGGAAUGAGGAUGAUUGUAAACAGUGGUUAAGGAAGUGAUGAUUGUUUAUUAAUUACAGUAACUCCCCAAAAGUUACAAUGAUUUCUAUAUGUAUAUAUGUGAUAUUUGAAACAUGGAAGUUGGGCAUAUAUGAGAGGGUAGUAUUAAAAUGCUUCUUAAAGUUAUGGGGAAGGAGUGUGUGGAUUGGUUUCAUUUUACUCUGGUAACAGGCUGUCCCGGACAUAGAAUUGAACCUUUUGUUUUCAUAAAAGUUGGGGAAUUUCUUAACUAGCAGAAUGACUAAGCUUCUCGGGAGAGACCAUGCUCCUUGGAGUUUCUUAUAUAUUGAUUUACAAGUAAGUAAUAGAUCUUACCUUGUUUAUGUGACACACAAAGAGCAAAGGUUAUA